AUGUGGCCACAGCCGUCAGAGCUCGGUCUGACAGCACGCCUCCGCCUCUGCCUCCGGCCCAACGCAUCACUACCACCACGCCCGUGUUGUUCCUGCGCCGCGGACUCGACGCGAUGGACGGCGGCGGCGGCAAUCCGAUCGCUGCAUCUUGAAGCCCGUCGACCCGGUGCCGCCGGCAGCUCGAGUCGGAGCAGCGGAUCCAAGUCGUCCCUGUUGUCAUCGCAGCGGAGAUGGAUCACGCAGAACUACCUUCGCAAAAAGGCGGAGGCGGAGGCUCAGUGGAAGGCAUGGGCGGAGGAGAUCAAGGCAGGGAAGCGAAAAAGUUUUGUGGAGCACUUGGAGGAGAGAGGGCUCAUACAUCAGGUUGUUGGGGAGCGCGAUGUCCUCCAUAGGCUCUUCACGGAAAAGAGAGUCGGCAUAUUACAGGGCAGAGAACCGAUGCAUUCCUCCGUCCGCAAGGCGAAUAUGGUGAGCAUGCACAUCCAGCUCAAGAAGCUUGGCGCCUGCAUUGAACAAUACGGUAUUCGACACGGGUACCAGAGGGAAUGGGCCUGGAAGCGAGCAUUGACAAACAACAACGUCUGGUGGAAUAAAACUACCCUCUCUGAAGUUCUGCGGGAUCUUGGGGCUUAUAUCAGAAUCGGCCCUAUGCUAGGGCGAGACACGGUUAAGACACGUCUAGAAAAGGGAGAAGGCAUGUCGUUUGCCGAGUUCACCUAUCCUCUCAUGCAGGCGUGGGACUGGUGGAUGCUGUUCAAGAAGGGAACUCAGGUCCAAGUCGGAGGCUCCGAUCAAUUCGGAAACAUUCUGUUCGGCAUGGAUGCUGUGAAGCAGAUCAGUAGGAAUACGGCAAUCGAGAUUGAUCGGAGGCCGCUGGAGGAUGAGUUGGAUAAGCCGAUUGGCUUCACGACGCCUCUCCUGACUACUCCCUCGGGUGAAAAGUUUGGCAAGUCGGCCGGAAACGCGGUCUGGCUUGACAAGGACUUGACUUCCACCUUUGAGCUCUAUCAGUUCUGGGUGCGGACACCGGAUGCGGAUGUCGAGCGAUAUCUGAAAAUGUUCACCUUCUUGCCCCUCCCGAAGAUUGCCGAGAUUAUGGAGGAACAGAACAAGGACCCGUCUAAGCGUGUGGCCCAGCACGCUCUUGCCCGUGAAUUUGUCGAGCUCGUCCAUGGACCUCUGGAGGCGGAGGCUGCAGAAUUGCAGCAUCGCCAGCUCUUCCGGCCACGGUCCUCCACCGCAGCGCCAUCGCCGGCGCCGGCGCCAGCUACUCCCAAAGUCCCCCCGAACUACGCUCAUCUUCCCCAGGCCAAGUUCUGGAAUCCUGCGGCCGGGAACAAAUACGCUCCUGCCACGAGUUUUAUGAACAUGCCGAACAUACGUGUCACGCUGCCCAGAUCGCUCGUCGUCGAGCAGCCUUUCCACAAGGUCCUCUACUCUGCAGGCCUGGUCUCGUCCAAGUCAGAGGGUCACCGUCUGAUCGCGAACGGAGGCGCCUAUGUCGGUAGCCGUCCUGGAGACACUGGAUCCAUGUCGGACGAUCUUUCCUUUACGCCCAUCAAAACAUGGCCAGCUGAGAAGAACAAGGAAUACAUCCUCGACGACUGUCUGCUCAUCCUCAAGAUCGGCAAGUGGAAAUUCAAGAUGGUGAACAUCAUCAGCGACGAGGAAUUUGACAAACAAGGCCUCACAGCGCCCGGUUGGGAGGAAUUUAAGCAGGCCAAGCAGGAGAAAGAGAACGCUGCCCAGGAAAAGGCUGCCGAGGAAAAGGCUGAAAAGAACGCUGAGAACGGAAAGAACGGAGAGAAUGGAAAUGCUGCCAAGGAAGAAUCCGUCUCUUGA